CAGGUGUCUGCUCCAUGUCAAUCUCAUUGGUAUCGUUGCAACAGCCUUGUUAGGUCGAUAGAUUUUGGUGAAGAUGGUUGUGGCUGUCAUGAUGGUGCCCUGACAUUGACGUUGUUGGUCUCGUGCCGCCGUUGCCAUCCGGAAAACAGAUUGCGAUGACGUCGACAGCCCCGCGACCCUUCCAGCCCCCCUCUCGGCAAUUGGUCUCUCCGUUUGCGCGAAAGUGGGAACAUCUGGGCUUUUUCGGAAACGUGUAUUUCUUACUGCUGGAUGCUACCUUUGCCCAGACCAUCGUCUUCACCAUCACCGCCUACGCAUUCGUCUGCGUUUUUCUCAUUGCCCUGACACUACCCUUUGUCGACGAUUUUGUCACCGCAAAUGGCACGAGUGCUCCGGACGUCGUACUCGCCGCUACAGGAGAUGAAGGGGAUCCUGCUAGUUCUACUCAAAAUGGUGCAUCAAGCGGCGACGUGGACUUUGGCGUCCGGCUUACGGUGGCGCUGCGGGUGGUGGUCACGCAUUUGGUCACCAUGGGGCCCAGCGAGUUUGUGCCCGCCCCCUCGCUCGACUGGCUGUUUUUGUUCGCCACACUGCAGCAGUUCGCGGGUAUCUUUUGCAACGUGUUUUUGAUCGCGAUUGUGCUGCGCAAAGUGGAACUUCCGACACCGGCGCUAAUCUUCAGCCCCGUGGCACUGAUCACCAAACGCGACGGCCAACUUGUUUUCCUGAUCCGAGUGGGGAACUUGCGGUGCAACGUGAUCCAACGCCCGGAGGUGGAGCUGCAGCUGUUCACCAGCGCGCUCACGCAAGAAGGCGAGUCCCGCAUCCGGAGCCAAGUGAUGGAGGCCAAAACCAUGCCUCUGAUGUACUCCCAGUGCGUGGUAGAGCACGUCGUGGACGAAAGCUCGCCACUUUUUCCCUUUUUGCUCCAAUACAGUGACGGGGAAUUCCAAAACUUGUCCAAAAACGAGCUCUGCGUGUGCGUGCUGUUCCGGGGGUUCGAUUUGACGUACUACGAGGACGUGUGGAGCAACUACAAGUACACGCCGGCGGAUAUCGUGCUCGCCCGGGCCGGUGACAUGAUCUGGGACGACAUGAUCCAGGCCCCGGAUCAUGCUGCCGCUGUUCCGGGUAGUAUCACUGGUGGCGCCGUUCUUUCAGCGUCGUUUUCCUCUGUGUCGAUAUUUGCAAAGAAGUUUGUGACUCCAGUUCUGUCGACAUUCUUGUGCAGAGGUGGAGCUUCUGCUAGCAAGGGACAUCAAAUGCACCAGAAUAGGCCAACGAUUGACUUCGCCCGAAUUGGCAGCAUUGUCCCCGCUGCAAGGAAAAAAAAACAAAAACGGCGCUCCUGUUCAUCUUCCCGGCCACGGCGCUUCCGGCAGCUUGAUUGCGCUCUUGAAGGGGGCCCCGAUGCAGACCACACACCGUCAGAGGAUGAGGACGACGAUGAGGCGUCACGCGCAGACGAUCCCAAUGGGAUUCAGCUCAGCACGUAUUUCACGUGUGCAGAAAGCAAGCGUGUACACAGCCUUGUUGCGGAACGGGGUACCAGGAAAAAAGAAUUCCCGCCGCUAUUUGCACUGUAUCUCGAGCAGCGCGAAAGAUAUUUCGCAGCAAUGAGACGGCCCGACAGAGUUCCGAAGGUUCAGAAACCUACUCUCGCAGCGGACCAGCUGCUCCCGGACCAACUCAUCACCGAACCAAGCCAGUAUCCGGACCUCACAGACGGCAGCUUGGUGUACAUCUUUUCCGGCGGAAAACCGGGGCGGCUGGACUUAACACGACAGCAGACGAAAACAAAUUCUUGCGCAGGAGCGUUCUCAACUUGUAGUUCAUCUACGGCUGGGCAAGGCCAUCUUCUCCCAAAACUGUGUGUGGCUGCGCAGGUUCUGGAGGUGUUGCUACGCACAGCCGACAUUUCGUACCAGACGAUCGUGGUAAACUUUUUCGAAAAACCUGCCUGGUUCGAGGGAGAGCAGGAAAUUCCAACGGAGUACCUGCCCAAAAGCCAGCGCCACCUCGGUCCGCUGAAAUUCCCGCCCCUCGGUUUGACGCCGAUGCUUUACUUCGAGGGACGGCUCCGGGGGGAAUUCGCGGAUAUAGUGCGGUACUUGCUGCACCGCUUCGCCGACAAGUUCACGGAUCCCGCUCGUUUCGCGAUUCCACCCGUGUCCCACGACCCACUCGGCCUCCGAGGGCUCCUACUGCCAAACCAGCGCGACGCCUACUUAACCCUCCAGGAUUUCGCGGAUGCCAGCCGUUUGCCAGAACCCGCGCCGCCCCCGCCUCCAGAAGUCUUCAAAUUGGAACUUCUCAAGUACCACGAUCUUCCGGUGGAGCGCAAAGAUGAAGACAAAAACUACGACGAGCAGCAGCAGGAGCUGGAAUCUGCUCCGCACAGCACGCUCGCAAUCCCGGUGCUGGACUUCGAGCAGGCGGUGUACAUUUACACAAAACUCCAGUACUUCUUCGUACUCUACAUCAUGAACCUGGGUCCACUGCAGCAGGCGCACCUGCGGGAAAAGCGCAGCGCGGCCGCGGGCGCCGCGGAAAGGACGGUGACGGAUCACACGCUAGAAAAGGCUGAGCUCGAGGAUCCGACGCUGAAAGGCCUAGCUGCACAGCUCCGGCAGACGUUUCAAGACUUCGAAACUGCCUACGAAAGCCGCCGGAGCGAGAGCGGAAACGGAGAAGAUGAAGGUGCUGUUGCUGACCCGAUUUUUCUGUAUGGUGACACCCCCAGCGUGAUCGAGACGGUGGCUUUGACGAUGAUUGCCCGGUACCGGGACUACAUGCGCUACGCAUUCUCGUCGCCCGCCACUUGGAAAGCCGUCUGGAACGAAAACGAAUUCCCCUUGCUCACUAAAGCCUGCGAAGCGGCAAACUUGAUGGCAGCAGCGCAGCCACACGGGGCCGCUUUCGUCAACAUCGGAAGCUAUGCCGCCCUCUUCCUGCAGCAGUUCUGCGCCAAAAUGGGCCUACCUGAAACUGACCAGAGAGCGGAUGUGUGUGCGGUGGAAGGGAUUUUUUCAGAGUACUACAAAAUCCUGAAUGACGUUUUCGGCGUCAUGGUUUUGGAAACCACGGAGUCCGAAGGAGAGCUCCAUUGCAAGCAAGUGCAGGGUACGAACGCCGACGCGACCACCUCUCAACAGACCUGCGUGGACAACUUCUUACCGCCCGCUAAGUGCCAGAGCCGUCUUUUCGAAUUAGGUUCGCUGUUUGAGGAAAUGUUCGCUUGCGAGUGCGGCGGCGACCUGGAAAAAUUCGAAGUUCUGCUUCGUGGUUUAUACGCGCGUUGUAGGGCUCCUCCUCCAGUAACAGGAAGUCAUUCGCGUUCACUCCCACUGCAAGGAGCACCUCCGCCCGUUGUUCUGCCAGCGUGUUCUAACAAGUACACUAUCGCAGCAGGAACCGGUCCUCCAGGCGAACGCGGCACGAUGGAACAACGACGUACAAUAGGGCCUGCAACAAAUGAAACAUACCCUCGUGUGAAAUUGCUGCAAAAAGCUGGCACCGAACACUUCCACCUUCCACAUGCAGUCGUUGAAGGAGCAUCUUCUCCACUACACGAGUCAGUCCACCUAGCACCGCCCGGAACUGCAUCUGCUGCUAUGCCUACUUGUGCAGCCGCCUCUCGGCGAAGCAAUAAUUCCAUAACCGACCACGCAUCGUAUCCAUUUUCGGACAUUCGCAACGCCACAGGUGUAGUUGAUCCGGAUCAGAAAACUUUGUCAGCAUCCUCGUCCCGGUUAUCACCACCUCCAAAACUAGCGGGGGCCCGAUCAGGCCGCAACAGCCUUCGGUUUUUCGCAUCCCCCCUGCAGCGCCGCAAUUCAACAUCGACCAUAAAUUCUUGUUUCUAAGUCAAAGUAAAUAUGACAAAAGAGUGCCGCAGUUGGAUAGAGUUGGACUCGCUCGGAUCAAAACAAAAUGACUAUGAUUUUCGUUUCGUUCAUUUCCUGCAUGCAACAGCGUAAUCAAUUUUCUAUGAGUUUCGCCAUCCUUUCAGAAGUUGUUACAGAAU